AUGCCAGCUUACACUUUUGGCAAUAGACUUGAUUAUUGCACGUGCAGAUCAAAGGUAAAAUCCAUCUGCUGGGAGGAUCUCUGUCCAUGGAGAGCAAAAGAUGCCUGGAGAGGUAGGGCUGCUUUUGAAGCACUGCUAGGAGGGAAGUACUUGGAGCUUUCAGGCACCACAUUUGCUGCUUAUAAGGGAUCCAUGGAACAUAGCGAUGCAACUACAUUGGGACAGCUUUCAGUUUGUGAGAACCAAACAAAGAAUGAAUGUUCUGGAGCAAUGAAUGUGAAGGUUUUGAAUCUUGGGCUGGAAGGACCUUCAGCAACAACCAUGACUCUACCAGUCAUGUAUAUUUCAAAGUCUGAAUUUGAAGAUGGAAUGGACAGUCUAAAUGCAUUCCUUGACCUACUUGUGAAGGAGUUAAUUAAGUUGUUUGUCAAGGGUGUGGAAGUGGAAGAGGAUUUCUCGCUGGGUGACCUCCCCGCGGGCUGCCUGGCUGGGAUUCUGGGAUGGCUUUCGCCUCGCGAUGUCGGGAGGCUGGCGCUUGUCAACAAGACGUUCCUGGAGGCGUCGCGAUCGGACGCUGUAUGGAGGCGAAUGCUACCGCCGCACUGGAAGGAAGUGGUGCGCGAUGGCGCCGGGAGCGCGAUGGAUGUCUACGAGAGGCUCUCCGUGGGGGUGUUCGUGGAGGAGGAGAAGGACAAGCCAAAGAUCUAUUGGAUUGAUCGGCCGACAGGUGGCGUGUGCAACAUGAUCUCGGCGCGAGCUCUCCGGAUCGUCUGGGGCGACGACGGCCGCUACUGGGACUGGAGAUCCAUGAACGGAUCCAGGUUUGACGAGGUGGCCUUCUUGCGGGACGUGUGCUGGCUCGAGAUUCGUGGCAGCUUCAGCGGCUACCUCAAGCUGGGGAGCUACCGCGUCUCGUUUCGCUUGCAGCUCCUGGAGAGCCACGCGCGCCGGCGUGGCCGCGGGGGCGACUGGCACGACGACGCUUACGGCUGGGAGGCCCAGCCCGUGAUCUUCUCGCUGUCGGCCCCACCCUCCUCCACGCGUGAGCGGCGCCGCUACUUGGCCUCCGCCAGGCAGCUCCAUCGCGGCGGGCAAAGCGGGAUCGACGCGGCCGACUUGGCGGCGGCCAGAGUGGUGGAGGACGGGUGGAUGGAGUACGACGCCGGGGAGUUUUGCGUCGAGGACGAGGACUUCCCCGUGGCGCUCGAGUUCUCGCUGGUGGAGAUCCGCGGAGGGAACUGGAAGAGUGGGCUCUACGUCGACGGUGUGGUGAUCAAGCCGACGUUCCUGGUCGACGAUACCGUGGAUCCUGUUGAUCAUACCAGCGGCGCCACUCCCGCCACUAGCGAAGCCCACGACGCCAUUUCUUCGAGCGACGAGGACGACGCCACUUCUUCGAGCGACGAGGACGAGCGCCCUCGCUGGUGGUUCCCUUGAAAGCUUUUCGGCAUAUGCCCAGGAGGUGCGAUUCCCCCGAAUAUGCGUCAUUUGAAUUUGAAUAUCUGGAAAGGAAUUUCUUUUGGGA